GGUGUGGAUGAUGUUGUGAUAUUUUAUGCGUGGUGAGCAGGUGAGAUUCUUCCCUCCCUCGGAUUUGUAGUUUCCUCUGAAACUUCACACCUAAAGACAGUGUGACCAGCAAUGCUUCCAGUUCUAGAAACAGUAAAUGCAUUCAAUCUGACAGACAGGCUUCAGGCAUCCUGUCCACCACAGGUGGGACAGCUGCAGUUCCCUGCGCCUCAGGCCUGGAGCCUAAAGGUGGACCUGGACGUGAUUGAGGAGUACCUGCAGGAGAAUUUGGCUGAGGCCUAUCAAGGCCCUCUCUGCUGUAAUGAUGAAGGACCAAAGAGACUUGCAGCUGGUUGUUCAGGACAGUUUGACUGUGUGUGGAAAUAUAGCAUGGUGGCCAGCACUAAAGAACAUUCCAGCCUGGAGCCACAACAACCAACAUGGUUCAAUCUCUCCAGCAUCGAAUGGGACCACCAGUCGACCAGCUCCGCCUCCAGCGAUUACCCCGUCUCACCCCCUCGGGACAGGGCAGCUGAGGGUGUCAGUGAUGACCUUCCCCUUGCACCCGUCAGAGGCAGACGGAAGGAUCGGCUGUACCACUUCCUGUACGACAUGCUGCAGAGCCCGGUGAUGGCGAGCUGCAUCUGGUGGCUGCGCUCCGGCGACGGCGCCUUCCAGUUCUCCUCCCUCCACAAGGAGGCGCUGGCGCAGCUGUGGGGCCUGCGCAAGGGCAACCGCAAUACCAUGACCUACCAGAAGAUGGCGCGCGCCCUGCGGAACUACGCGCGCAGCGGCGAGAUCCGCAAGGUCAAGAGGAAGCUGACGUACCGCUUCAGCCCCGCCACGCUGCGGCGGCUGCAGAGCGGCGCGGAACCUUCCGGAAGGGGCCCGGAGACGCCGCCGCCGCCGCAGCCGUGGGCGCCCGAGAACGCUCACUGCUGAGCGCCUUUCGGCAUCACCAAAAAGAAAUCAAAAAUCUAAACCUAAAAAUACUGAGUAUUUGUGAGGAAAACAUUUGCGCAUUUAAAUACUUCCUGAAUUUUCUUUUUGCCGUUCGGGUCCUUCUGCAGUUCUGAUGAUCGUUGUUGUACGCAGUGAGCGAUAGUAGCCAGAACGUGACUGCUAGUUUUUUUUUUUUUUUUUUUUUAAAUGACAAUUCAUUUUCAGAGAGGAGAAAGCUAAUGUCACAAAAAGAAGGAGCAGCCAGUAAUUGUAAAUCUGAGGGUUAUAAAGCUCGAAGAUCUGCUUUAUAAGCAGAGUUUACAUUUCCUCUGGAAGUACAACACUUUGGCCUGUUGUCGGUUGUACCUUUCACCACAACACUUUUGCAUGACAGUAUGUUAUAUUAAUGACUAAUAAUAUGAUUGCAUUGUUGCAUACAAUGACGUAUCUGUUCAUCAGGUCUCAUAAUAUGCACUGAGUGUUACUCUGGAUAAGAGUUUUUGCAUUAAAUAAACACAGUCCAUAUAAAUACACAUGGAUCUAUUUUAUAUCAUGAACAAGCACUGACUUUGGUACUAGUUUGUAUGACGUCUGUGGUUUUCAUUUAAUCUGAAUUACAGUAUAAAUUAUUUUGGAGGCUUUAUAUUAGAUCAGUGGUCUUUCUUUCUGCUAAGCAUUUGUUACAUAAGUCAAUGCAAUGCUUAAUAUUGCAAUUAUGCUUACUUUAAUGUAACAGAGAAGAUCAACUGAAAAACUCAUUUCUGUUAUAGUUAUAGCCAGGGGGAACAAGACAGGGCCCGAAUGCAAGCAAUUUACUUCACAAGGGUUGGUUCAGAGGAGAGAUUGGGAAUUUUAGGAGGUCAGAGGUCAACAUGGUAUCCUCAGUGGCGUGGUUAAGCUGGCAGCACCUCCUACAACACAGUGUGCCAACCGGCUCUGGGGAAUCGGAUCGUACAAACCAGUUUCUGACAGCUCUUACUUAGCUACAGCAAGGACCACAAUGCAAAUAAGUCUUGUGACUCUUUUUGCGUUA